ACAACCAUCCCAUCCCCAACCCCCUUUUUUACUUUCCGGGUUUCGGAAUUCCCCCUCUGCUAUGCUAUUGUCCUUCCAUGUUUUUCUCGACAUCUCGCGGAUACAAUUCUUCUCUCUCUAUAUAUAUCUAACCUCAUUGCGAUUCUCAGUUCUUCCCAAUUUCGAUUUCUCUGUUGCUUUUUGGGGGUCAAAACGCCGACCCAAAAACAGAUAAAAAAAACCCAAAAAAAAUAAGAAAAAAAAAUUGAAAAAAAUAAAUAAAAAGGGUGGGGGAAGGAGCUGAAUCCCGGAUGCGAUGCAAAGGGUUGUUGAUAAUGCUCUGGCCGUGACCAAGGAGACGGUGAAGACAUUCACAUAUGAAUCAUUGAACAAUGUUGUAAGGCUAAUAAAUGGAGUGUCGGCAAUGUUAUUGGCUGUCUUGCCUGGUAAAGCCAGUGUUCUUGAAGGCAUUCAUGGUUGGGAGCUUAGGCCUACCUUUCGUGGACCUCGACUGCCACGCUGGAUGGAGAAUGGCGUGUCAUCAUUCAAUAAAAUUGUUCAUGAACUCUCAGUUGAUUCAGAUACAUCGUCGAGUAUAGAGAAUUCAUCUGAUGGAGAAGAUAGUGACUAUUAUCCUGGUUCUCCUCUAUCUCAAAGCUCCCGAUUUUCAAGGGAAAGCAAUUAUGCCAAGUUCAAUAGAAGUUGGAUAUAUUGGAUCAGAUGUAUUCUUUCAUGGAUUCUGUAUCCGGUGAUACUUCUGAUAAACAUUCCACGUUAUUUCUUUACUUCAGCUUCUAGAGGUCCUGCUAAGUCAGGAAACUUUCGUCCCUCUCCUGCUCGGACUCCUAAAAGACUGCAAAGCCUCAAGGAACAUUUUAUACAACGAACAACUGAUCGUAGACGCGGUGUUGUUGAGGAUCUUCACUUAGCUAUUGAAGUCUUCAUAGAAUCCUCAUUUGAUAAAGUUCACAAGGCCGCGCAUUGCCUUCUAGCUCCAGCAGAAACUGCUAGAACUGCACUUCGGUGGUUUUCUUCUCGAAACUAUGACCAUGUAGAUAGUUCUCCGGAGGGUUAUGAGGCUACUGUUCCCACAUCUGUUUUAUCAGAUGAUCAUCCAGCUCCUACCGAAAGAAAGACAAGUGUUUAUUCCCUGAAUACUGAUGCCCGUACUUGUCAGGAUGUCAUAACAGAGCUUGGGUAUCCGUAUGAAGCUAUCCGUGUGGUGACAGCUGAUGGUUAUGUGCUCGUUCUGGAAAGGAUCCCUAGGAGAGAUUCGAGGAAAGUUGUGUUUCUCCAACAUGGAAUAUUAGAUUCAUCUAUGGGUUGGGUGUCCAAUGGGGUUAUUGGUUCUCCAGCUUUCGCCGCCUUUGAUCAAGGAUAUGAUGUAUAUCUUGGGAAUUUUCGUGGGUUGGUUUCGAGAGAACACAUCAACAAAAAUAUGUCUUCACGGCAAUACUGGAAUUACUCCAUCAACGAACACGGGACUCAAGAUAUACCGGCGAUGAUCGAGAAGAUACACGAAAUCAAAAUCUCCGAGCUGAAUUCGAAUCAGGCCGACGCCGAGGAAGUAACGAACUCCGACCAACCUUACAAGAUCUGCGCCGUGUGUCACAGCCUCGGAGGAGCAGCUAUAUUAAUAUACGUCGUAACAGCCCGGAUCGAGGAAAAGCCCCAUCGCCUCUCCCGGAUGAUCCUCCUCUCGCCCGCGGGAUUUCACGACGACUCGAACUUCAUGUUCGCCGCAGCCGAGUACCUCUUCCUCUUUCUCAACCCCGUCCUGCAACCGUUCCUGCCGGCUUUCUACAUCCCCACCAAGUUUUUCCGAAUGCUGCUGAAUAAAUUGGCGCGCGACUUCCACAACUUGCCUGCGGUCGGGGGGCUCGUCCAGACGCUGAUGAGCUACGUCGUCGGCGGGGACAGCUCGAAUUGGGUUGGGGUCUUGGGCCUACCGCACUACAACAUGAACGACAUGCCGGGAGUUGCAUACCGCGUCGCGCUUCACCUCGCGCAGAUGAAGCACUCGAAGAAGUUCACGAUGUUCGAUUACGGCAGCGCGGCUGCCAACAUGGAGGUCUACGGCUCCCCGGAGCCUCUCGACUUGGGGGAGUACUAUAGCUUCAUCGACAUUCCCGUCGAUCUCGUCGCCGGACGGAAGGACCGGGUGAUAAAGCCGUCGAUGGUACGCAAGCACUACAAGCUGAUGAAGGAAGGCGGCGUCGACGUUUCGUUUAAUGAGUUCGAGUACGCCCACUUGGAUUUCACGUUCUCGCACCGGGAAGAACUUUUGUCGUAUGUGAUGUCGCGUGUUUUACUUUUGGAGCCUCCGUCGAAGCAGCUUGCCCGGCCGAAGUCGCUUAAGGUGAAGAAGAAAAGUUUGCAGGUAAGAACAUCGAAAUGACGAGAUGUAUAUAUAUAUAUAUAUGUAUUUAUUUAUAUAUAUAUAUAUGUAUUUAUUUUGUUGUUUCGAUUGUUCGUAUUCGUGUGUGUGUUGUUUGCGAGUGUAGUUUUCCGGUUGCUUCGUGUAAAUAGUAGUGUUAGGGUAAUCUUUGUAUGUUCGUGUUAGCGACGACGACGACAACGACGAUGAAGAUGACGGAGUGUGUUUUGGGGUAAGCAAGUGAAGUGAGGAAAAUGGAACAUAAGUAUAGGUAAAUUGAUGUAUCAUUGCUACCUCCGAAUACGACGACGUCUUGAAUUUUAGUAAGUUUAUACUUGGUCAUUUAAUUUUA